AUGUGUGUUUGUUCACUCCGCACACUUCCCCUUUUUUCUUUUUCCCUUUUUCCCUUUGUCCAAAACGCCAUCUUCUCCAUCAAGAUCGUUAUGUUCUCUAAAUCCUAUUGUAGGUAUUGCCUUCGUGCCAAGCGGAUUUUCAGUGAACUAAAUGAGAAACCUUAUGCUGUAGAGCAUGAUCUCCGAGACGAUGGAGGUAAAAUCCAAUAUGUUCUUCUGGAUUUGAUAGGUCGAAGCACUGUUCCACAAGUGUUUGUGAAUGGAAAGCAUAUUGGAGGCUCUGAUGAUCUCAGAGCUGCGAUCGAUGAUGGUACACUGAAAAGGCUUCUAGCUGUAACAUUGAUGUGUAUGACAAAUCAGAAAAAUGAAGAUAUUUGGUUAAUAUUAUUUGAACUAACUGCUGCUAGUGAUAUGGAAAAAAUACAGGAGACGAAAUCCAGUUGUCUAAAGAUGGAGCAUGCAAGUGAUUGGAUGGGUGCUCAGCUGACCCGACAGAUUUUGGUUCAGGAUAACAUUCCUGCAAUAGAUGAUUCUCCCUUUACAGUAUCAUGCAACAAAAGACCAUAA